GCUUUUUGUAGAUUUAAAUUUAAAAUUGUUUCGUUUUCCUUUUUAAAGACAAACUUAUUGUCAUCUUCAAUCACUUUCAUCUAUCUUUUUCAUCAUUCAUUUCCAAUUGUGAACCUUGUUUUUUAUUAUUUUAUAUAAUUUUUAUGAUAUUUUCUUAACUGAGAAAUCUAUCCAACUCUGGGUUCGUUUCUUUGCCUUUUGCAACUUUUUAAAGUCCUCUUAUUGAGUUCCUACUUUUUACUUUUUUUCAACCCUUUUUGUUUGCAAGUCAAUUUUUUCAAUAUUUCAACGAUUAAAUUUUGAUUGUAAAUAUGGAUAUUGCAAGAAACCGUUUUACUUCAAAUUUAUUAAAUAAGCCUAAUAUCGAAAAUAAGGCUGGGCAAGGAAUGCUGUUUAAGAGAUCUGCCAUUAGUAAUGGCUCUCUAGUUAACCAAGUCAAGAGAACCGCUCUUCAGCCAACCACCAAUAUUCAUAAUAAAGUUAUCAAUGAUGCUUCCAAACUGUCAUUGAAGCCUCUAAAGGAUGAAUUGCCUGAGCCGGUCAAGCGUGUUUGCAAGGCCGUUGACUCUACAGCCGAGCUUAAAGCUGGUAUCAAAAAUUCCCAAAGUGCUACCGAAUUGGGUGCCAAGCCUGUUGUUGGAGACAAUCAAGUCGAUAAAGUUGUCAGCAGAAUACCGCGUCUUAGCAUGAAACCUUCUGGUAUCGCUGAGGUCAUUGCAAAGAGAGCCACUAAAAAUUUCUCAAGUUUCUCUGUUAUUCCUCAAGACGUUGAAAAUAUUGAUGAAAAUGACGAGUCAAAUGUUUUUCUGACCACUGAUUAUGUUAAUGACAUCUACAAAUAUUUAAGGCACCUUGAGGCUAAAUAUCAAAUAAAACCAAACUGUUUAAUGUCUCAGAAAGAAUAUACUCCGAAGAUGAGAUCGAUUCUGAUUGACUGGUUGAUUAGUAUUCACUACCAAUUUCAUUUAACUCCUGAAACGUUAUAUAUGACUGUUGGAAUACUCGAUAGAUUUUGCCAGAAUGAAAAUAUUGCUAAAAAUAAGGUUCAAUUGGUUGGUAUUACAUCCAUGUUCAUCGCUUCAAAGUACGAGGAAAUCUAUCCUCCAGAGAUGAACGACUUUGUUUCAAUGUGUGACAAUCUAUAUCAUAAAAAAGACAUAAUUAAAAUGGAGAUAGCCAUAUUGAAAGGGUUAAAAUUUGAAUUAGGACGACCGUUACCGCUUCAUUUUCUCCGCCGAAUGUCUAAAGCUGCCCAUGCUGAUGCUGUGAUACAUACAAUGGCCAAGUAUUUAAUGGAAUUGUGCCUCAUUGAAUACGAAUGUGCUCAUUGGGAGCCUUCAUUAGUGGCUGCCACAGCUUUAUACACAACACUUAAAAUUAUUGGAGAAGGCAGCUCCUGGAAUGCAACGCUCAAAUUUUACAGUCAAUACGGUGAAGAGCAACUUCAUCCUUAUGUUCAAACUCUUUGUAAGAUAAUUCUCAGAGCUCCUACAUCUAAAUAUCAAUCUUGCCGCAAAAAGUAUGGAUCAACCAAACUUUCACGUAUCUCUAAACACCCUGAAUUAGAGUCUCACGUAGUGCAAGAUAUGGCCAACGGAAUAUUUCGUAGUAAAAAAACGAGCCAUAAGCCUACCGCAACCACUCAAGAAACGAGUGAAACGAUAAAAUAAUGCUGCAGAAUCUUGAAUGAAAUCUCAUGCUCCCUUCAAAAAAAUUUAAGAUUUAUUUUUUUUCAACAGACAAAUUACAUUUUAAGAAAGCAUAAAGAAAUUUUAAAGAUAAUCGACUGAGGAGCUUACUGUAAUAUCUAUUUAACCCUUAAUAAAUCUCCAUUCAUAACUAAUUCUAAACUUCAUCAUCCAAUCCCAACGGAGAUCUCAAAAUAUUCCUGAUUCUUAAAUUGACUCGAAAUUUAUCUGUGAUUUAAGCGAUUUACAAUCAACCGCCGUGGAAAGUGUAGGCAGCUUGAUAAUUUACCAAAGACACCCAGGCAUGGAGUAAAGAAAAGCGGAGGGAGAAACAUCGUUUGACUCAGAUCAACAUUUUUUUAUAACAUUUAUGCUAAUAUUAAUUCAAAAAAUUAACCCUCUUCAUUAUAAAGGUAUAUUACCAGACACAACUUGAAAUAACUGUAAGAAUAGACCUAAGACUAACUAACCAAUAAGUUAAAUAAAUGAGUGGUGAUAAAAGAA